GUAGAUUCGCGGAAUUGGAGAUGAAAAUCGUGCAUGGGCUUGGUAUUGUAAAAUGUCCACCGAAAUAAAGACAACGAACGUUGAGGAAGUGCUGCCAAACGAUGAAGAUUUAGGGCGGCGAAACUGCCGUUGGAGAGAGCUCGUACAGAAAUACGAAGAAACCACACAAAAUCAAUCAGACCACAGUAUGGAUAUCGAUACGGCGAUGGGCAUGCUCGAUCAGGACAUGAGCGACGAAAGCUCAGUCAGUGACGUUCUGGAAGCGUCGUCGGACGAGCAAAGCCCACCGGAGGACGUAGAAGAGAUUCAGCGGCAGCUUAAGGUGGCCGUUCCGUUGCGCAAGCGAGAGUGGGAAGCGAACGGGCUGAAGGAAAUUCUGGAUGACAACGAGUUUCGCAUGCUUAGCCACGAAAAGGUGGAGAAUUGGUUGCGGAAUCAUAUGCACAGCAUCACCGGCCACUACAACGUGCACUACCAGACCGAGCAGGUUACGACGGUAACGGAGACGGAGACGCGCAUGGACGCGGAUGCCGAUUCGCUCUAUUCAGUCGACACAGCCCAGUACAUCCGCUCAAACAAGCAAAUCAGCAACAAGCUCAAGGUGACUACUAUGAUCAAGCAGUACUCGGUGACGAGUUCAGUGCGCCGUCUCACCAGCCUUGGCAUCAUAAUGGAUGAUCAGAAAAGUGAUCUGGCUAAUUCCCGUUUGUCGCUGCCACUGCCCCGAACACUUACCAAAUCGGACAGUGCGUGCGACGUUAAGAAAGCCUUGCCACAGUACAGUCAUGAUCCGAGACAGAAAGCAGCGAUCGACAAACAAUCUUCGCGAACGAUCGGUUCACCUGUUACGAAAAAAACAACAACUCACACGACAAAGGCGGAACGUCGCGAUCGACGCAAAGUGUUCAAAAAAACGGUUCCCCGCAAGAGGCCGGGUGCAUCAUCGGGUGAACGUGCAACAGCGCCGGCUAAACAGCGGUACGAUCCUGAUCAGAUGUACGUCAAAGCUUUAGAGCAGUGUGCACGCCAGAAGAGAGCGAAACCGAUUUCCCAGCGGAAGGUGUCCCAACGGUUCGCCAACCGGAUGCAGUUUACUUCCACCUCGUCUUCAUCGGAAAGCGAUAGCGAUGAGGUGUUUUUUACUCCAUUCGCAGCUCGCGAUCGAGUACCGUCCAGUUCGCGGAUGAAGCCGCUUCCUCCGACUGAUCCGCAGCAGCAGCCGUCUCCAGCGGUUGUGGCACCGAAGGACAAACUGGUGAUCAUAUCGCCCAGCAAAACGGCAUCCCCCACAGAGCGGGAAAUUGUCGGUUCGCUUCAAUCUAUCACGCUUGGCGCUUCCAAACGACAGCGGGCCGAGCCGGCUGGUCCGGCUCCUGCCGCACCGAGCUGUUCGGAGCCGGCCAAGAAGCGGGUCGAGCUGUUUAAGAACGGCUUCUACUUCGAGGAAGGGUUGGUCAUCUAUCGGCCCAAAACUAUACGCCCCGAUGCGGCCCAAAGUGAGCGGAUCCAGCUGCUCGUUGGUGAUCUCAAUUUGACGGGCGUCACGAAGCAACGCCAUCUGGACAAGUUCCAAGCGUUCAACCAUCGCGUCCACCCAAACUCGACCGUGUGCUUCUAUCCGACCGAUUCAUCCGACACAGCUGAAUCGUCCGAUACAUCGACCGAAAACUCCUAUGAAGACGAUCCCAUCAGCACAUUCCGGCCGCGCAACACCGAACGGCUGAAUGUGGUGGAGAUUCCCUACCGUCCGCGUGCGACGGACAAGAAGUGA